AUGGCUAGCACUAGCUCUCCUGCCAAAGGGCCAAGAGCAGCCCGCGAGCCCUCAGAAUCAACGGCGCUUCUGGGUGACCAUGAGAGAGGUCGCUCGCCCGCUGUAUCAUACGCGUCCUCUACCACCAGCCAUGUAUCCCCAGGAAGCUCGGCGGACAAAAUUCCAGCAUCUGAAAUCUCCUCUGCCACGGACCGUGAUGGCGUAACCAUUGACCGAGGUGCUCUUUUUCGCAUUGUCCUCAUACUCCUCCCAGCUGUAUUUGUCUUCAACGCCAACCAGUCGAUCGUUCUAGCUACCCACCAAAGCAUAGGGUCUGAAUUCGAUGCUCUCGAUUGGUCAAGCUGGCUCUUUACAGGCUUCAGCCUUGCUGGCGCAGCAACGCAGAUGGUGUUUGGCAAGCUGGGCGAUGUCUAUGGAUACAAGCCGGUUAUUUUGUUCUCAUAUCUUGGUUUCGCUGUUGGUUGCUUGAUCGUUGCUAUGGCUCGGUCCAUGCUCACGCUCAUUCUGGGUAGAGUACUGUCUGGCAGUGUCGGGGCUGGUAUGACGUUACUUGUCUCGAUUCUCAUCAGCGAGCUUGUGCCGAUCCGCGAGUCUGGAACUUGGAGAUCCUAUGUUAAUAUUGCAGCGACCACAGGAAGAGGUUUUGGAGGGCCUCUGGGUGGAUGGCUGGCCGACACUCUCGGGUGGCGAUGGUCAUUUGGCUUCCAAGUUCCUAUGCUCGUAGUGGCUACGUUUGUCUGCUGGAGAACCCUCCCAUCCGACCUGGGCAAGCGGCAAGGGCAGAACAAUGUGCCUGAGCGAGACUCUGAACCCGACCAGGACCCCGACGAGUCUGGGAAGUUGUCAAGGAUUGACAUUCUCGGUGCAUCAUUGCUUGCUCUUUUCAUCCUUCUCCUUCUCCUGCCCUUGGAGGUUGGCGGGGAGGUGUCUUGGUCUCAUCCCCUGAUUCCCGGUCUCGUCGUAGGCGCUGCUGUAUUCCUUGUGCUCUUUGUGUGUGUCGAGAAGAGGUGUAAAGGGGAACCCAUUUUGGAUCUUGAUCUGUUCAAGCAGCGCGAUGUGGUCAUAUGCCUGCUUAUCAUUGCCUUCCAGUCUGCGGCUCAGCUAGGAAUGAUGUUCUCGGUACCUUUGUAUUUCAGAGUCACUCAGAAAGUGUCAAACACCGAAGCUGGUGCGCAUUCGCUCCCGUCCUUGUUUGGGAAUGCUUUGGGCGGAGUAUUCUGCGGCUACUUCAUCAAGCGAACUGGAAAGUACAAGUGGCUGAUUUACAUUUCAACAAUAUCGUCCUCUGUCUGUUAUGCGCUGUUGCUCACCAGAUGGCACGGUAACACAAACUGGUUCCAGUCAUUUUAUAUCCUACCGGGUGGCUUUGGUCUGGGAAUGACAUAUAGUGCUCUAUUUGUAGCGACGCAAGCCUCGGCCGACCCCGAGCACGCUUCUGCCGCUGUAUCAACUUUGUUCCUCUCCAACGCUAUUGGCGUCAUUGUUGGUAUUGCGAGCAUAAGCUCGGCUAUCAAGAUGGUCCUGAGAAGAUCGUUAGACGAAAAGCUCUUUCGUCUUGGCUUGGACGCUGCAACAAGAAAAGAGAUCAUUUCCAAGGCCGCUGCCAAUGUUGAGUAUACAUAUCAAGCAAAAGGGGAGAUUGGCAAGGCUAUAGUCUCAUCCUAUGUGGAUGGGCUACUUUAUGGAAACGGACUGUCGUUGAUAUUUGUGCUCAUUGGAUUUCUCCUUGCACUUUGCUUGAAGGAGCGCAGAAUAGGUACCACCCGAAGCUGUCGUUAA